AUGUGGCAAGUAAGUGAUGUGAUAAAUUUGAAAAUAAUGCACAAACAAUUAGUGUGUAAGCACGUGACAUGCACAUUUGUGGGUGUCACACCUGAAUCAGCUGGCGAUUUGUCAUUUACAACUCCAUCAAAUGAAAAGAAGACAACGGGUCGGAGCAGGAGCAUGCAAAGUAUGGCUAUUUGUUAUUUUUUGGCAUAUUCACUUAUGUGUAUUAUACUGUAUAAAAUGCAGUCCCUUAAAAUGCUAGUUUCGCCAGCCCAGCAUUUCUACCACGAUUAUCUUCUCACUUAUUCACUACAAAUCAAAUCUACUAGAUCAAGACCCAUUCCAAUGCCGGAGAUGUGGAAUGUGCUUUUCCAAACGCGCAUAUCUAAUAGAACAUAUGGAGCACACUCAUCAGGAAAAAUAUGGAAGAUAUUGAGACCUGCGCUACCUGUACAGCCAAAAUCAAAAUUGUUAACUCAUGCAUGUCAUUUUAAUAAUUUAGAUGCUUUCAUUUUAAUGGAUCAUUCACCAACCGAUGUGAUAUAG